AGAGCAGAUAAUCAUUGGAACUAUAUCUUUUUUUCUCCGCAGGCAAGCCAACACCCAAAAACAAAAAGGAGGGUCUCUCUUCGCGUUGCGGCCUCGUCUCUGCCAUCCCGGUCGGAUCCCCCUCCCUCCCUUUAGUUGUAUUGUUGGUAAUUGAUCUCGGACCUUCACGGCCGCUGUGGCGUGCGCCAGGCACCCAUGCCCAAUGACAACGCGUAUCAGUUCCGGGGCAACGACGAGGACGGCGAGUGGUGGGUGCGUCCCCGCCGCGCCUACAAGUCUUUCGGCCCUUUCCGAGUUGUGUCGACGCUGAUGGUGGCCGUUGCGAUCGGCCUCGUCGCCUUCGGUCUUGCCUGCGCUGUCAUGUUUGCGGCGGACGUCGCCGAGGAGCACCCGACGCGUGCCCGGUGGGCCUUGCGGGCGUUGAUUGUCUUCAACAUCGCGGUGCACACGUCCAUCCUAUUUAUUGACCGACUGAGCUGGUGGCGCUCGCUGCUGAGUCUGGCGGUGAACGCGCUGUACUUCCGCCUGCUCCGCGGCUUCCCAUUUGUGCCGAAUUUGGACAGUCCGCUGGUGGUUUGCACUGUGGGUGCGGUGCUGAUUGAGAGCGCCAUGUGGUAUUGGUACUCGAUGCAGCUGAUGUACUACACGUCUGUCUUGAACAUCAUCGGGUUUUUCCUGAUGCUGUGGCUGGUGCCGAUCGGACUGGUGGCGUCGUGUGUGCUAGAGGAGGAACGGCUGCCUGGCGCGGGGAGUGUGCACGGCGGCGGCGGUGGCGGGGUGCCGUCUGAUCUUUCCGGCGGGCGGAAGAAGCGCACCAUUCUGAAUCGUUUCGCGGACCUUGUCGGUAACUGGUAG